AUGAAUACGGUGGCGGAAGGAGAUUUUGAAACGUUGCCGGUGGUUACAGCGGCGGAGAUGGCUGAGCCGCAGUACGAGAAAGCGAAGACGGCGGUGUGGUGGGAUAUUGAGAAUUGUCAAGUCCCUAAAGGUCUUGACGCUCAUGGGAUUGCUCAGAACAUUAGUUCUGCACUUAAGAACAUGAACUAUUGUGGUCCAGUCUCAAUCUCUGCUUUUGGUGAUACGAAUCGUAUUCCUCCGGCGAUUCAACAAGCCCUUAAUUCCACCGGAAUCGCUCUCAAUCACGUCCCCGCCGGAGCGAAAGAUGCGAGUGAUAAGAAGAUUUUAGUGAACAUGUUUUGUUGGGCACUAGACAAUCCUGCACCUGCAAAUUGUAUGUUAAUCUCAGGGGACAGAGACUUCUCUGAUGCUCUUCACCAAUUGAGAUUGAGACGGUACAAUGUGCUCUUAGCACAGCCUCGUAAAGCAUCCGUGCCGCUAGUUCACGCUGCGAGGACGGUGUGGCUUUGGACAAGCUUAUCAGCUGGUGGAAGUCCUCUCUCGCGACUCGAAAGCUUGCAGCUUAUUGCCAAUACAUCAACUCAGGAGUGUGUUCCUUCAAGCCAACCUCUGGAUUCAAACUCUGACACUAGAAGAAUCCUUGAUAACAAAUUCAAGGUUAAAUACGUUCCGAAACCGACAAGUCAUCAGCCUCCCCCGCCUAAGGCUUCAGAAAGUAAGCCUAACAAUAACAACCGUCCGCAACAGAAUGGUCAAGGAAAGCUGAUGAAGAAACCCCAUGAGUUGUUUACAAGUAGUGAGCCAUCUGCUCCUAGUUUACCAUCCAGCAAUGGUAGUCCUUUCCCUGGUAAUGUCAUGAGUAAUCCUCAGAAUCAGUACAAUUGUCCUCCUAGACCUGUUUCUUUUCCUCCAAGACAACCUUACCCUAAUUCUAAUCCUUCUUGGAAUAAUGGAAAUAGCCUCCCAAACCAUGCGCAGAACUAUAAUCCCAAUGUUGCCAGGCCAGGUGCUCCUAAUAUGCGGCCGCCUUAUGGUAAUGUUUUCCGACCUUAUCGCCCAGAGAAUCUGAAUCCUCCUAUGGGUAAUGGUUUCCGUCCAAUGCAACAGAGAAACGAUGGGCCUAGGUUUUCGUCUCCUCCUCUCAUGGCUACACCUGAUAUCAGCAAUCUAAAUGUUUCUCAACAAUACCCGAGCCAACCUCAAAAUCGGCCUAAUUUCAAUCAUCAAGUUAGACAAGAGUUCAGACCAAAGAUGGAAUCAUCAUAUGCUCCUAGUGCAAAUGGUCCAAAUAAGGGUUAUCUUCCUCGGAGUAGCAGUGCCCCAGUAACACAUACUACUACAACCACAGGCUACACCAACUCUUCCACUCCUGGAGUCUCGCCUUCCCAGCCUCCAGUUGUUACUACUGGAUCUGGUUCCAGCAAUGGUAUGUGGAGAACACAACAGUGUCCACCACCAUCUGAGUAUGUUCAAGGCCUUAUAGGCGUUAUCUUACAUGCUCUAAACAUUUUGAAAACUGAAAAAGUUAUGCCUACCGAGCCUAAUAUCUCGGAUUGCAUUCAGUAUGGAGAUCCAAAGCAUCGCGGUACUGAUGUAAAGAAAGCUUUAGACAGUGCCAUAGAGCAUCAUAUGAUCAUGGUGAGUAAUAUGGGUCAGCUAAAGCUUUACAUUGGUAAAGACGAAGCUCUAUGGAACUGUGUAAACCCUUUAGGUGGAAACUCUAAGCAAUACCCAAAAGCAACUUGGGAUAGAAUUCAACAGUUUCUAACCUCAUCUUCUGGGCGGGUGGCAUUUAUGGCAACUCAGUGCAGCUACGAAGCCGCACAACUUCUGAAGAAGGAAUGCCUAAAAGAGUACACUGUAGGUGACAUAGUUCAGAUCUUGAAUAUAACAGCAACCUCAAAGAAAUGGAUUAACUUUCAUCCAACGGGAUGGAAACCAAUAACUAUUAACCUUGCUGCAGAGACAAUAAACAAGACAGCUACUGAAACCGUGACAGGUAUCCAAACUGUUGCCUGA